AUGGAUGUUACAAAUUCAAAAAAUUUAAAGAAAAUCUAUUUUAUUUAUAAUAUACUUAAAAAUGCAAUAAAUAUCAACUAAGGAAUUCAAAUAUUUAAUGGUUUAUAUGUUCUAUGCUAUGAAGUUAUGAUAUCGAGUUCAUAAAAAGGACAUCUAAAAGGUAUGGAGUAAUAUAUUAUUAGAUUUAUUAAUCAAAAAGAUUAGUAAAUUCUAGAGAUAGUUGGUUAGUUUAAUAAAGAAGAAUGUAUUUAGGAAUUAAAAAGAAAUAUUUAAUAGAUUUUGAUAGGUAAAGUAUAAAUAAUAAUUAUGAGAUUAAUCAAGCGAAUCUUAAAGUUUAGUUGGAAAUACUCUUAAUCAUCAAUAAUGGUAUAAUAAGUUGGAAUAAUUUAGGUAUUAUAGAUUACAGGACAAAAGAUAUUUAGGUUCUCAAUUAAUUGGGAAGUAAAGGAUGUUAAAUGAGAUAUUCACAUAAGUUCUUAAAAACAUAAACUAACUCUUAAAAAAGAGAUUCUCCAAGAGUUGA